CUGACAGAGGGACAAAGCGCCCUAACGUCCAGUGGUUUUGACCUUUUUUUCAGCGGGUACUCCAGGCUCUUCCACGUGACACAGCACCUUCCACGACUCCCGGGCAACCGCGAUUACAGGGCAACAACCGAAUUCGGGCUAUCGCAAUGGCAGUAGGGAUCGCAGUCGACGGGAGCUGCCGCUGGAGCUGACUGUAUCAGACCUUGUCGCCUUUGUAUACUUGGCGGUGGCCGAAUCCGCUAUAGCAGCUCCAGUUUUGCGCGUCUCUUUGGUUUCGUGUUGUAACCUCCCUUUGCAUUGAAGAAUCAUUGAAUCAUCUAAAUGUCUCUUGACAAUUCGAGAGUACCUCGUUCCCACCUCGAUCCAUGGCCCUACCGAGGAACCCCGACUCUGCAACUCCACCUGUCACUUCUGCCGAUACCGUGACCGUCGCCGGAGCCGGGACCGUUGGACGGGAUGUAUCGCCGAAACCGGUUCCGAGAGACCGCUCGUCACUACCCCCCGGGCCACCACCACCUUCAACAGGCUCAACGCCACCCAGGAUACGGCGAAACACAGCCUGCAUUCGGUGCCGAGACUCCAAGGUGAGAUGUAAUGCAAGUCUUACUCCGGGACAACCGUGUCUGCGGUGCACCAAGCUAGACCUUGAGUGCAUCGUGGACAAGAACUAUAAGAGAGCGUCAAAAAAGAGCAAGCUGGAAGAGUUGGCGGCCGAACUCCAGUCACUUAAGAACACUGUUGCUCCAAGACCCUCACUCGGCGGCCUAACUACCGAACUGCCUCCUAUACGUCCGGUUCAGUUCUCGAGCGCGAGUCCGCCAGUUCCUUCACUCCCACAACUCACCCUACCUGGAACCCUACCCGGCCCUUUUCUUUCUGGUCUUGGUGUUCCAACACUACCGCCGCCCAUCUUCACUCGGCCAAGGCCCUUCUCCAUAUCCAGCGAAGCCUCUACUCCUACCCCCAGAGCAAACGAUGCUGCCUCUGUCAGCUUCAGUCUGGCUGGGUUCAGGCGUCCAGCUCAACCUCGAGCCCUCGGUUCACGUGUGUUCUCCGGAGACGACAUAAACUACUAUUUCGACAGAUACUUCGAGCACUUUCACCCUUACUUCCCCGUCGUUCUCCAGCGGGAUCCAGACAUCUGCUAUGAGAGGGGUCACGUCCUCUUCUGGGCCAUCAUAAUGACGGCAUGCCGUCGGUUUGCCAAGGAUGACUUGGUAUAUCAGUUUUUGAUGGACUCGCUGUUACCGGAAAUAUGGAACGCGAUAUCACGGCCGCCGCUGAAGCUGCCCAUCAUAAACGCCUUGCUGCUCGUUGCGACAUGGCCAAAUCCUGAUAUCAGGUUUUUGACUGACCCGUCAAUGAUCUUUACUGGCAUAGCCAUGAACUCGGCUCUCUUGACAGGGCUUCACACCGGCCGUGGUGCUCAUACAGAGUUUACCGGGCUGCUGGAUAAAGUCGAUACAACCGAUGAGGAGGCGAUAUAUACAUGGGCUGGGUGUGCCAUUAUAUCUCACCGAGCUGCUGCUUAUAUGGGAUGUCCGUCUCCGAGUCUGCUAUUCAAUCAGACUAUAGACUCACUUCUAGACGGAAGUAGCUCGAUAUCGAUGCCUCGCUACUUCAUCUUGCAUCUGGAAACCGCCAGGUUCGCCAAUAAACUCAUCAGCACCAUGUCAGCCUCUCUCGAACAGUCCCAAGGUGUUUCACACCGCUUAGUCGCGCAAAUGGAAGAGGAGUACAGUAAAAUCCAAUGUUUACUGUACCCAGAUAACUCAGACCUCGACAACUUCAUCCUCCUCUCCACCCUCCUCGAGAUUCAAACCUACUACUUCAUGCCCCUCCCCGGCUACAGCGAAGAGAUGCUCAAGCGCAACGCCAUCAAGGCCUACAUCACGGCCGAGGCUCUCAUCAACCAAGCCCGCUCCCUGCAGAGCCAGUCCGCCUUCCUGCACUACUCGCCCAACUUUGUCUUUCGCACCUUGCUCAGCGCCAUCUGCGUGUUCAUGACGCUGAACCUUGCCCAGCCCCCGUAUACCAAAAACCACAGUAAUGCACUUAAUGCGCCGUAUAUGGGCGCCAGUAACAACAACAACAACAGUAGCAACAACACCAAUACCACUAAUAACAGCAGCAGCACCAACACCAACAACAACAAAACAUCCACCACCACCACCAACAGUUCAGACACAGCCGACCCCUUCGUCCGCGAAGCUCUCCGGAUAAUCCGAUGCUGCUCCGUGCAGCGCGACGACCUGGUCAUGCGCGCCUCAAACAUGGUAGAGAAGUACUGGGACAUGCGGCAUGCGCUGCCGCGGUACGAAACCCUAUUAGAUCCAACAGAUCCUGACUAUAACAGUCCCCAACACUCCCAUGAUCAGCAGCAAGUUGGAAUGCGAGGAGCGACGACGGUGUUUAGACAUCGGCUGGGAUCUAGUUUGACGUUUGGUUGUUUGCGGAGGUGGAAGCAGCAUAUUGAGAAGGCCAAGGCUAGUGUUGGUGGGAUGGGGAUGGGGAUGGGGAUGAAUCCUCCUGGACAUCAGGGAGGAGGGCAGGGAGGAGGAGAGGGACAAUUGGGUGGUCAGCAGGGAGGAGGACAACUGGGUGGUGCUGGUCAGCAGCAGCAAAGUCAGGGUCAAGGUCAAGGUCAACAUGGGCAACAUGGUGCUGGAGUCUAUGGCGGUGCGUAUGGGCAAAGUCAAGGAGGAGGAGGGCAAGGAGGGCAAGGACAAUACCCACAACAGAGUAUGAAUGGGCAGGAUGGAAGUGGUGAAGGUAUUCCAGACGGAAGACUAGGAAACAAUCCCGACUCUUCUUCUCUCGGCGGAGGAUUAGGAGACCCCUUUCAACGGCUCGAAUGGAACGCGUUUAUGGACGACUUUGACUGGAGCUUUACGUCUAAUUAUUUGGGUGUUGGUCCUAUGUAGUAAGUAGGAUUGGGGUUAGUUAGGAUUAGGAUUGCAUGAAAGGGUAGGGUAGGUUAGGGUAUGUAAAAUGGGAGGGUAUCGUGGUAAAGUCGGGGAUAGCAAGCUUCCAUGAAGCUGAAUUCAUUGUGGAGGUCUUUUUCAUUGAGUGUGUGCAAAGGGUGUAGGUUACUUACGUAGGGACUUGUCUUUCUAGUCUGACCAGCUGUGAAGUGGAAGUGGAACGAGAAAGAGGAAAUCAAAAGCAAACAACUUUUACUUUAUCACGAUCGGUUGAG